GCCAGUGUUGUAGGAGGGGUGCGUAGCGCUUAGUGGUUAAAUGUUGGUUACAGAACCUAGUUGUGUUAAACUACUAACCCAUAUUUAGACAGGAAUGUCUUUUCCGUUUUUUUAAGUACAAAACUUUAGGAGCUAACUUCAGUUUCGCGAGAAGACCCGAAGAAAGAGUCCGAACAGAGUGAAAAUAACGACAAAAAUAGCCAAAAUGGAGAGUCACGAAGGAGCAGCAGCUGCAGCAGCGAGAGACUGUGUGCUUGACUUUUCUCGUUUGAGUUUGAAUACUUUCAACGCUGACAACAUUAGCGGGGACAGAAAGAGUGACACCAGGCAGCUCUUCCUAAACUAUAACCGACUUUCCUCGCUACCCUCGUCGGUCAGCCUAUUCUACAACCUGGAGAUUUUGGACAUUAGCAACAACGGGCUGACGGACAUCUGCGAAGGCAUCACCAGACUCACUAAGCUUAAAACACUUUUAGCCAAGAACAACCGCCUGGACGAGUUCUCGCUGCCCAAGGAGUUCGGCUCUCUGCAGCUGGAGGUGCUGAACUUUAGCGGGAACCGCUUCGAGGAGAUCCCGCUCCAGUGUACCAAACUGAUGCGUCUGCAGUCGCUUUCUAUCGGCGGAAACAGGCUGAAAAGUAUCCCUGCAGAGAUAGAAUAUUUGACCAGUUUGGAAAUGUUGUAUUUGGGUGGAAACCUCAUCUCAGACAUUCCUCCUGAACUGGCACACCUGCCCUACCUCACCUACCUGGUGUUAUGUGACAACCGUAUCCAAAGUGUGCCUCCGCAGCUCGCCAGGCUCCACUCGCUGCGGUCUUUAAGUCUCCACAACAACCUGCUCACCUACCUGCCGAGGGAGAUCCUCAGCCUGGUGCACCUGGAGGAGCUCAGUCUUAGAGGCAACCCACUGGUGGUGCGCUUCGUCAAAGAGAUGAUUUACGACCCUCCUUCGCUGCUGGAGCUGGCAGGACGUACCGUUAAAAGCAGAAAUAUUCCUUACUGUCCAUACGACAUGCCUUACAACCUGGUGCGCUACUUGGACCUUGCCAGCAAGUGCCCCAAUCCCAAAUGUGCUGGCGUUUACUUUGAUUCAUGCGUGCGACAGAUCAAAUUCAUCGACUUCUGUGGAAAGUACCGGCUGCCUCUCAUGCACUACCUGUGCUCCCCCGAGUGCACAUCCCCCUGCAGCUCCAACCCUCAGAGCGACGCUGAGUCUGAGGAAGAGAACAGCGUGCCCGCGGACCGCCUCCAAAGGGUCCUGCUGGGAUAAUGCCACACAGAGGACCUUAAAGGAAAAGCGGAGCUUGGCUCAGACUUUGCUGUACAUACACCUUUAAACUCACUGCACACACACACACACACACACACACACGGCUGCUUAUACACACAAAACAUUCGUCUUUUUUUUUUUUGAUCUUGGGAAUGUACAAGCUUCAAUUAGUGGACAUAUUAUCUGAAAAACUGUCUGUUUCAUUUCCCCAGAUUAAUUCAUGACCAAAAGAAGGGUUUGGUGCUCCGGGUCCCAACCUCAUGAACCUGCUCUUCUGUGUUUGAACACAGGAGGGCGCUAAAAUGUCUCUAUGGACUAUAAAGACUAAAGGACUGAAGUUGCAACGUUCAAGCCUCUUUAGUAAAUAUGUCUCUAAUUUUCAUUUUAAGGAUGGAUCUGAAUCUUUUAUUGUAGUUGUUGCUGCUGUUGGCCUCUCUAUUCCUGCGACCAAAUGAUCAAAAUGUGCGGUCAGAACGUCUUUUGGAAGUUCUGGUUCUCAAGUGUGAGAUGAACCUAUUAAACUCACUGGUGCACCUAUUAUUAAGCUGGGCAGUGAUGUUUGUCAGCAGUGUGAUCAUUUAAUGCACCAUGUUUGGGAAGCAGUGCUGACACAGAAGCUCGGUUGUAUUAUAUUAACGGAUUCAUACAGCAGUGUGCUUGUACAGGCUUACUGACAGGAAGUGGAUGCGGGGCGGACCAGGGAAAACUAUGCGAGCACGGAAACAAUAGCUAUUGAACAGUUUCAGCCUUCAUGUGUGUUCAGGGCUGCAGGCGUUCUCUUGUUGGAGGCAUUCAGACAAAUCUCAUUGUUUUUUUGGGGUUUUUUUUUUCUUUUAAGUUAGACUCUGAUGUCAAACAAUGGUCUUCUGUUUACAUUUAUUUUAAAAGAUUUGUGUGGAGAAAUGUUGUCGUCCCACACUUUUAUUUUCUUCUUCCGUAUUUUUAAGAAAACAGAAGAACUCUGUUACAAUCGCACCAACAUUUGAGCACUGGGCCUUUUUGAUGCUGAUUUCAACGAGUAAUCCAAGGUAUAAAAACUGUGAUGUAUAUAUAAUAUACGCACCCUAAAAUGUGAUGGACAUAAUAUUAAAAAUUAUGAGUUUUUUAUAUAAACUUUUAAUUGAGGGGUGCAAGACAAGUAACCUUUUAUAACAAAAUGAGCUUUUGUACAAAGAUUUUUAUAAUGUCAAACUAUAAGUUUAAAGGUUUCUCAGAACAGACUGCACUUAAAGUGAGUUUAUUGAUCUAUUAAGUGUAUGUGGGUUUACUCCUAGGAUGAUGUAAGUGAACAGAGAUUAAUAAAACAAUUUAAUGUC